CUCUCUAAUAUUUUUCUUCUCGUUGGCAAAAGAUUCCAAUGUGUCUGUGAAUUCUAGGGAAACCAAUGACUAUACCGCCGUCUCCUAGGAUGAAAACUACACCUGAGGAGACGAUGGAAUCUCUUAGCCAACAUGAUGAUGCGUGCGAGAGGUUGAAGGAUUAUAAGUCUCCGUCCCUUCCCUCUCGACGCGCUUCACAAAUGCCCUCGAAUCGUCAAUCGCUUCCGACGAGCCUCCGUGAUACGAUUUGUCCGGAGAGAGAUACCAAAGAGAAGGAUUGGAGCGAGAAAACGAGGACAGAGGAGCAGAUCUCGGAGCCUGAAUGGGUCAAUAACGUCGAGUUUUUCAUCACCAAGAAACUUGGUGUUUGGUGUCGAGGUCCUAAUGGGGAGUGGCACUUGGGGAAGAUACAAUCUGCUUCUGGUGAUGCGGCUUGUGUUGUCUUGUCCACCACGGAAGUUGUGGAAGUAUCAAUGAAAGAGAUUCUCCCUGCAAACCCAGAUGUUUUGGAGGGAGUUGAUGACCUUAUACAGCUCAGUUACUUGAAUGAACCAUCUGUUCUUUACAACCUCAGAGUCAGAUACUCACAAGACUUGAUUUACAGUAAAGCAGGACCAGUUUUGAUUGCAGUGAAUCCGUGUAAGAAUGUUCAGAUUUAUGGUAACGACAUUCGAUCAGCCUAUCAAAAGAAGGGUUUGGUUGCUCCUCAUGUUUAUGCAGUGGCUGAUGCAGCUUUUGAUGAGAUGAUGAGAGAGGAGAAGAACCAAUCUAUUAUCAUAAGUGGAGAAAGUGGAGCUGGGAAAACUGAGACAGCAAAAUAUGCAAUGCAGUACUUGGAAGCUCUUGGUGGAGGUAACUUUGGGGUGGAUAAUGAAAUCCUAAAGACUAACUGUAUACUUGAAGCUUUUGGGAAUGCUAAAACAUCAAGAAAUGAUAACUCUAGCAGAUUUGGAAAACUGAUGGAGAUUCAUUUUAGUGCAAAGGGAAAGAUAUGCGGUGCCAAACUUGAAACUUUUCUGCUAGAAAAGUCAAGAGUAGUGCAGCUGUCCAAUGGCGAGAGAUCCUACCAUAUCUUUUAUGAAUUGUGUGCAGGUGCUUCACCAAUUCUUAAAGAGAGAUUGAACCUUAAAGCAGCAAGUGAAUACAACUAUUUGAACCAGAGCAACUGCUUAACCAUUGAUCGCAUCGAUGAUGUUCAGAAAUUUCACAAAUUGAUGGAAGCUUUCAACAUUGUUCAGAUUCCUCAAGAAUAUCAAGAACGCGCAUUUGCACUGCUUGCAGCUGUAUUGUGGUUAGGGAAUGUAUCUUUUGAAGUCAUUGACAAUGAAAACCAUGUGGACGUGGUAGCAGAUGAAGCUGUCACUAACGUAGCUAUGUUAAUGGGAUGCGACUCAAAAGAGCUUAUGGUGGUUUUGUCUACAUGCAAGCUCCAAGCUGGUAGAGAUUGCAUUGCUAAAAGACUGACACUGCCACAGGCGACUGAUAUGAGGGAUUCACUAGCGAAAAUCAUUUAUGCAAGCCUUUUCAACUGGCUUGUUGAGCAAAUAAACACUUCACUUGAAGUUGGUAAAUUAAGGACAGGAAGAUCUAUUAGUAUCCUUGACAUAUAUGGUUUUGAGUCAUUCAAGAAUAAUAGCUUUGAACAAUUUUGCAUAAACUAUGCAAAUGAAAGACUGCAACAACAUUUCAACCGACAUUUAUUCAAACUUGAACAAGAGGAAUAUGAAGGGGAUGGAAUUGAUUGGACUAAGGUCGAAUUCAAAGACAAUCAAGAGUGUCUAGAUCUUAUUGAGAAGAAACCCAUUGGUUUGGUAUCACUACUAGAUGAGGAAUCAAAUUUUCCAAAGGCCACUGAUACGACGUUUGCCAACAAGCUGAAGCAUCAUUUGAAGGCUAACUCUUGUUUCAGAGGAGAAAGAAGAGGUCAUGGCUUCAGAGUUAGUCAUUAUGCCGGAGAGGUUCUCUAUGAUACAAAUGGCUUCCUGGAAAAGAACAGAGAUCCAUUGCAUGUUGAUCUUAUCCAACUUUUGUCAUCAUGCAACUGUCAAUUACUGAACCUGUUUUCUUCUAAGAUGCAUGACAAGUCUCUAAAGCCAGCAUCCUUGUCGGAAUCCAUGAAUCAAAGUGUUAUUACAAAGUUUAAGAGCCAACUAUUCAAGCUGAUGAACAAGUUAGAAGAGACCACUCCUCACUUUAUUCGAUGCAUAAAGCCAAACUCAAAUCAGCUUCCUGGAAUUUAUGAAGAGAAUCAUGUUCUACAACAGCUUAGAUGUUGUGGCGUUUUGGAGAUUGUUAGAAUAUCAAGAUCAGGAUAUCAUACUAGGAUGACACAUCAGGAUCUUGCAGCAAGAUAUGGAUUCUUACUGGACACAAAACUCUCCCAGGAUCCACUUAGCACAUCAGAUUCUAUUAUGAAACAGUUCAAUCUUCCUCCUGAAAUGUAUCAAGUUGGAUAUAGAAAAAUAUACCUUCGAACCGGGCAAAUUGGCCUACUUGAGGAAAGAAGAGAAUAUGUUCUGCAGGGUGUAAUUGGAUUACAGAAGCAUCUUCGUGGUUACAAGUCUCGUGAAUACUUCCACAAUAUGAAGAAAUCAGCAUUGAUACUUCAAUCUUAUAUCCGCGGUGAAAAUGCCAGGAGAAACUAUAUUGUGAUGCAAACACCGGCCACAGUUUCCUCAGAAGUAACUAAAGAGCUUGAUGCAGUCAUUCACUUGCAAUCUGUGGUACGGAGAUGGUUCGUUCGUAAGCAGUUAAAAAACAGUGUGGAACUGAAGAAACAAUCACACAAUGAGAAGAAAAAAACGAGAAGAAAGUCAAGGAGGAAGGUUUUAGAAGUCAAGGAUCUUCCUUUAGAGAAGUUUCAAGUCCAACCGUGGGAUCUAGCUGAUCUCCAGAACCGGGUUCAGAAAGUCGAAACAGCUAUAAUGCAGAAGGAAGAUGAAAACACUGCAUUGAAGGAGGAGUUGCAACGGUUUGAGGAAAGAUGGAUAAAGCACGAAACAAGAAUGAAGUCAAUGGAGGAAACAUGGCAAAAACAUAUCUCUUCAAUGCAGAUGAGUCUGGAAGCUGCAUGUAAUAUUAUGACUCCAGACAAGACUGCGAGUCACGGUAAUGACUCAGAGGACACAAUCUCCCCUGGAACUCCUACAAAAGAGCUCAAGGGUGGUAGCUUGGAUGAUGUUAAGGAUAUUUAUGUAGAAGUUGAUCAACGUAGAGUUGUAUUUGAUGAAGAUGUGAAGCGUCAUGUGGAAAUAGACGAACUGGAACAAGUGUCGAUUGCAAUCGAGAAGCAGCAUGCAGAAGAAGAACUCAGUAGACUGAGGUCAAGAUUUGAGAAGUGGAAGAAAGAUUACAAAGCGAGACUACGAGGGACAAAGGCAAGGCUCCGGUUAAAUGGACACAGGAACUGGUGCGGCAAGAAAAGCUUUUGAAGUUAGAUCUCGUUCUCAUAAUCAUUUCAUGU